AAACUGCGCACGCGCAAAUACUGCGAUAAAAAAAGAUUGAGGAUUGAGUUGGACUGCGGUCACCGUGGUUCUGUGUGAAUGGAGACAAACGGGAAUAGAAUUUAAACACGUCAUCUGAGGACCUGAGGGUUAACGCUGCGUUUAAACGUUAGUUUGAAGAGAAGAAGACUGAAGACAGAAAAGAAAUGCCAGAAAUAGUAUUGGUCACGUGACGCCGACUGGCCAACCGCAGCAACGGGGGACGCGGACGCUUUACUCUUUGUUCGGAUAUUUUUCUGACUUUUUCUACAAAUCCGGUCUUAAAAUGCGCCCAAACCACAUCGUCAGAACAAGAUGACGGCUACCGUAAUUAACCACGAUAUAUUUGGUGACACCGUGAAAUGCGACGUAGUUGGAGAAUGAUGGAGAAGCACUUUUUGGGCGGAAUUUAGUCACAUGACUCCCCUCCCCCACUGCGCGCAUGAAUUGGGAAAGAAGGCGGACAUGUUGGAGGGAAAUUGGUGCUCAAAGAGCAUCGAGGUGAAAGACAAGAAGAUUAUUCGAAGAAAAAAAACAGCCACACUUUUUGGAAUUUACCUUUUUGUAUUUUUCAUUUAGAAAUUUAAAUGUUUUUACAGGUUUUUUUCACUUUUGGUUAAAAGUUGAAACUUUUUCAACGACGUCACACUUAUGUUGUUUCUCUCUCUGUGUGUUUUAACAUGUUGUACUGUAAAUGGUCGAGUUGUUUGUUCGGUUGUUCCACUGAGUGACAUUGCAGAGCGUUAACUUCGGUGUGGGGGAUGGGCGCCUGUGAUUAGGUAACCCCUUUGUCUACCAACGUGUUUGUUGGGUUUAUCUGGUUGUUUUGCUUUCCUUUCACCGUAUGAACCAGUUGCCGUGACAUUUAUUUACAGUAAUUGUGAGAAAUUGUCAAUCAAUGGAUUACGAUCAACCACAGAUAUUUAGUGCGAGGUUGGAUCAUGAACUGACGUCUGUUAAAAUCAAAGUUAUUUCCGCCUUAAUCGGUUUUUGACGUCGCUGCCUCGUGUGUAUGGACUUCGACAAACUAGCUGUUUGACUGCAGUCAUCGGUAAAAAUGCUGUCACUUGUGGAGUCCGUGAGGUUGAUCUAAGACGACUUCGUUUCAAAAGGGUUAGUACUGUAGUCCACUACCCAGCUGCCGAGUGUUCAGUUUCUUCUAACGCUUUAUUUUUGUUCAAUUGUGUUAUUUUGUGAGAUAUGCGUAUAUAACUCAUUAGUGAAAUCGGAUUAAAUGUCCUAGUUUUCGUCAAAAGUUGUGGUUAUCUUAACUAAUCGCUAUUUCUUUACAUCUGACGUGGUCUUUACACUUAUUUCGACAGCAGUUGUUAUUUUCAUGGGAUCUAAAGAUGGCGACCUAACCCUGUUGUUCAGAAAGAAAUGCGGAUAUUCUGGUUAGAGGAGAGUUCGUGGGCUGCGCGUGAUCUGAGGCAAGACCAAUCAGAUUGUUGUUGUUCGAUGUGGAAGCCCGCGUUUCGACUUCUUCAACCUAUCGAUGACUUUGCUUUGCACACGUUUACGUAUUGUAACAUGAGAAGGGGAGGGACUUGCGGUUCCCUUUCAUUUUGGAAACUGUCGAAUGAGCUCUUUGCAGACAGUAACGUAUCCUUUGUGUCGCAGCGACUGGACCAAUAGCGUCGCUCGUUUAGCUUGACAGACAGGCGAUGCUUGCAAAUAGGUCGGGCCGAGAGGCUUUCCCUGCCACUGUCCGUUUCAGGGGCGUGGUGAGUUUGAUUGACCUUCGGAGCACCCAAUAGAAGCCGAAUGGGCGUGCACUUUGCAAGGCGUUCCUCCAAUAAAGCAAACAGUCUGUCUAUAAAAUGACGGGUGUAUCCGCUGCGUCGCCAUUUCAGCGAGGCGAAGGAAGGGGUUCUUGUUGAGGAGGUGAACAGCGAGCCCGAAGACCAGAGACGGAUCCCGGUCUGGGUCUAAACUCUAAAUGCAAUCCGGUUCCAUCCUGAUGGAAAUGGCCGUUAACCCACCCCUUGACAGCUCUCUCAUUGGAGUUGACAUUAGUAUAAUGGGCGUGUCAGCGAUGGACCAGAACUCCAGCAUGGCCGGAAAACGCAUUCGAAAGCCGUCCCUGCUCUACGAAGGCUUUGAGAGUCCAGGCAUGCCCCCCGUCAGCCACAUCACCCCCACGGGACCCCCGCAGCCCCCGGUGAAAGACCCCACCCGCCAGUGGAGGAUGACGAAUCAACUUCAGUUCCUACAGAAGGUCCUCCUCAAGUCCCUGUGGAGGCACCACUUCGCCUGGCCCUUCCACGAACCCGUGGACGCAGCGAAGCUCAACCUGCCUGACUAUCACAAAAUCAUCAAAACCCCAAUGGACAUGGGGACGAUAAAGAAGAGACUGGAGAACAACUACUACCGCACGGCCAGCGAGUGCAUGCAGGACUUCAACACCAUGUUCACCAACUGCUACAUUUACAACAAGCCCACAGAUGACAUCGUCCUCAUGGCUCAGUCCUUGGAGAAAGCCUUCCUGCAGAAAGUGGCUCAGAUGCCACAAGAGGAGCUGGAGCUCUCCCCCCCGCCCCUGCGGAGUAAACCCACCAAGACCGGUCGAAAAGGCCGAGGGAGUGCAGUCUCUGGGGGAGUGACCACAGCCCACCAGGUUCCUGCCGUCUCCCAGUCAGCAUACUCGCCUCCCACUCCAGAAACCCCCGACUCCAUCGUCUCCACCCCCCCACAAACUCUCAUCAGCAAGAGUCUACACACCCUGCUUCCUCCUGCGCACAACCUCCCGACCAUCACCGGUCUGCCCCCCACCCAGCCCACUGCUAAGAAAAAAGGUGUGAAGAGAAAGGCUGACACCACCACCCCCACCACAGUGGCCAUGCCCAUCAUGAACACCAUGGGGGUCAGCGGCAUCAGCCUGGGGCUGGGUGACGGCCGGAACUCCCCGCUCACAUUGACCUCCCUCGGCAUGGACCACGGCUCCGGCCUCCCUCUGAACCAGGGACUGGGUCUUGGCCUCGGACUGGGGAUGGAUAUUGGGAUGGGCGUGGGCCGUGGGGGGGUCAUGAUGGAGACCAAGGCGACGGCGAAUAGCAGGAGGGGGGUGAGCGGCCGUCCCAUUAAGCCCCCGAAGAAGGACCUGCCGGACACCAUGCUCCCCACGCCGGUGCGCCGCAGUAAGCUGAGCCCCCAGCUGCGUUACUGCAGCAGCGUGCUGAAGGAGCUGCUGUCCAAGAAACACGCCGCGUACGCCUGGCCCUUCUACAAACCCGUGGACGCCACCACACUUGGUCUCCACGACUACCACGACAUCAUCAAGCAGCCCAUGGACCUCAGCACCAUCAAGAGAAAGAUGGACAGCAGAGAGUACCGUGAGGCCCAGCAGUUCUCUGCUGACGUCAGACUGAUGUUCUCCAACUGCUACAAGUACAACCCUCCAGAUCACGAUGUCGUUUCCAUGGCACGAAAACUCCAGGAUGUCUUCGAGUUUUGCUUUGCAAAGAUGCCAGACGAGCCUCCGGCCCCGCCCAGCUCCUCCUCGUCGUCUUCCUCCUCAUCGUCCUCCUCGGAGAGCGAGCUCAGCAGUGAGAGCGAGGACAGCGACAGCAGCCGCAGCUCCGACUCUGAGGAGGAGCGGGCCAACCGACUGGCAGAACUGCAGGAACAGCUGAAGGCUGUGCACGAGCAGCUGACGGCGCUCUCCCAGGGCCCCAUCAUCAAACCCAAGAAGAAGAAGGAGAAGAAGGACAAGAAGAAGAAGAAGAAGGUGGAGAAGGAGAAGGAAAAGGAGAAGGAAAAGGAGAAGCACCUUCGGAUGGAGGAGGAUCUGCUGCCCCCCCCCAAACCUGUCAAGACCCCCAAGGUCAUCAAGACCCCAAAGACCAAGAGCAGCCGGCCAGCAGUGGGCGCUCCCGUCAAUCCAGUGAAGAAGGCGCCCAGCAAGAAAAACAAGAGCAAAACCAAAAAGCCCAGUAUGAUUUUCAGCGCUCCGGUUCCUGACCACAGUCUGGUCGUCGGCCACUUCGACUCUGAGGAAGAGGAGGAGACGGCGCCCAUGUCCUACGACGAGAAGCGUCAGCUCAGCCUGGACAUCAACAAGCUGCCCGGGGAGAAGCUGGGCCGCGUCGUCUACAUCAUCCAAUCACGUGAGCCCUCGCUCAGAGACACCAACCCAGAGGAGAUAGAGAUCGACUUCGAGACCUUGAAGCCGUCCACGCUGCGCGAGCUGGAAAGAUACGUCAUGACGUGUCUGCGGAAAAAGCCCAGAAAGCCUUACACAAGUACCAAGAACAGUGCUGGGAAGUCCAGGGAGGAGCUGGCUCUGGAGAAGCAGCUGGAGCUGGAGAGACGGCUGAUGGACGUCAGUGGUCAGCUCAACUCUGGGAAGAAGCCCGUGAAGACCAAACCAGAGAAACCAGCUGCUGAGACUCACACUCAGCCGUCACGUCUCAGCGCCAGCAGCUCCUCCUCGGCCUCUUCCUCUUCAUCUUCCUCCUCCUCUUCUUCGGAUACCAGUGACUCCGACUCUGGUUGAGAACUUCUGGACCGGAGUCUGGUCAAGACCGACCGACAGAAGCAGAACUGGUCCGACUCAAACUGGCCCCAGGACCUAGAAAGGAAGUGGUCUGUGACCUGGGCUAAGAUCAUCCAUCCAGUCCUGGACGCACUGACCUCAGACCAGAUCCACGGAUGGAUGACUUGUCAUCAGGCCCCGCCCACUUCUCUGGUACAGCGGCUGUGAGGGAUGCUCCGCCUCCUUCAGAAGACAGAGGGCAGUGUCAUGUGAUAUGCCUGGGGGAGGGGUGGGGGGGGAGUAAAGGUGCUUGAGGCAGAAUCCUGUUGACCUUCUGGAUUUAAGUUUUCCUGUCCUGGCUGUGCUCCCUGUCCCGGUGAUGUAGAGACACCUGGUGGACACCUGUAAAUAAAUAAAUCUAUUCUUUUCUUUUAUAAAGAAGCAUUUUGUGGAGCGAAUGUUCCUGAUUCUGGGAACGAGGAACUGGAGUUCAUGUGUGUGAAUGAGUAUGUGUGUGUGUUUGGCACCAACAAAUCCUUCACAUCUACCUAUGGUCUAAACAGUGUGAGAAGCAGUUAGCCACUAGGGGGCGAUAACACGUGAUAAAAAUCAACAGUCAAACCAAAAACAGACAUUUCAACUAAACUGUUUAAAAAAAUUAAGCAAAAACUGAUUUGGUUUUACAACUAGUGAAAAAAAUUAAAAAGUGGUGACUGUAAAAGUAACAGUUGGCCACAAGAGGGCGUCAGCACAAAUUUCAAAGAGUAAAGGAAGUAAAGCAAAUUUUUACAUAAAGAUCACAUUUUUACAUAAAGGAUGGAAAUGACGUAACACAUCUGUACCUGAACACACACACACACUCUUCAUUCAUCUCUGUUGUGUUGUUUUCCUCGUGAUCAUUGUUAAUAAAUCGUGAGGGAACAUCCUGUCACUUCACCUGUG